AUGAAUAAAUUUACGUAUUGUAUUGCCCUCUUGAUAGCAAUAGUUCUUCCUAUAAGUUCUAUACAACUUCAUUCUGUAAAUAAUGCUCCCUUAAAUUAUAUUGAAAUUGGAGACACGCUUUCCAAUAAAGUUGGUGAAUUAUGGCAUAGUCAUUUAAACUCAUUUAUAGAUAUUGUAUCUACAAAAGUUGUUAACAAAUUAGAAGAUGACUUAUCAAAUAGCAAAGACUUGGAAAAAUUCAUGAUUCUAUUAGAGGAUGAUGCUGAUAUUUUUGAUGCAAGCGCAUAUGAGGGUAAAAAUCUUGCACUUAUACAAACUGAAUUUAUUAGAAAAUUAAAGGACAAAUUUAAAAAUAGUAAAUUUGGACAAAAAUUAAAGAAACUUGGAUCAAAGGCAAAGGAAAAGCUUCUUAGUUUAUAUCACAAACAUAAAGGAAAACUUAGACAUUUCUUUAGCAUACUUCUAAAAAGCUUAGUCAUUCCAUUAGCUGUUCAAUUUAUAAGAAAGAAUUUAAACAAAUGGAAACAGAAAACAUUAGAAGCUACUCAGAAAUUAGAUCAACAAUCAAAGGAUAUAGCACAACCAAUUAUAAAUAGAUUAUAUAACAGUUUCGAAGAUAAAAUUGAAGAAUAUUCUCAGGAAAAUAAAAUAAAUGUAGAUGAGGAAUUGAAUGCACUUGGACAAUUAGAUAAGGAUAAACAAGAUAUACAAAAAUUAGAACAGCAAGAAAAAGCUCUAUUACAAUAA